GACACAACCAAGUUACGAAUUGUCUUUGAUGCUUCGGCACACGCAGCAAAUCAUACUUCACUUAACGAUCAUUUGGAGGUAGGCAACAGCCGUUUGCCUGAGAUUUUGACGGUUUUACUCAACUUUCGCUGUGGAAAAAUAGGAUUGACAGCUGAUAUUGAAAAGGCGUUUCUUCAAAUAGCUUUGGCUGCACCUGAUCGAGAAAGCCAUCGAUUUUUCUGGUUCAAGGAGUUGUCUAACCCUAGUGGAACGCGAACUGAUUUUUCAGUGCAAGCCUAUCGCAUGACACGAGUUACUUUUGGUGUCACCAGCAGCCCUAACAUAUUAGGAGAAGUAAUAUCCAAAAUUUUAGACGAUGGAAAGGAACGAUAUCCUAGAGCUGUCGACCUUCUACGCAGAUGUUUUUACGUCGAUGAUUUUGUCGCAAGUGUGAAUGACGAGGAAAUCGCAAGGGAUAUUAGUCAUGAGGCAGUUAAGAUCAUGAAGGCUGGUUCUAUGCAUCUUCGUAAGUGGAACUCCAACAGUUUGUUAGUGCGAAAUAGUCAUCCAUCGGAAAUACCUCCACCAGAAAUGCAAAAAGUCCUAGGGGUCUGUUGGUUUGUUGUUGCUGAUGAAUUAUCGGUGGAUUUGAACGCAGUUGAAGUUCUUCUUAAUUCAAACAGUUUAAAUGGAACAAAACGCAAUGUACUGAAGGUAAUGUCCAAAAUAUAUGAUCCUUUUGGCUUAUUAGGUCCCUGGGUAGUUCGUUUGAAGAUCCUGUUUCAAUCGAUUUGGAAACAAAAUCUAGACUGGGAUGAAGGGCUGCCAUCGGAACUUCAAAAGAUCUGGACUGAAUGCUAUGCAGAUGUGAGUGAGCUAAGUCAACUGAUGAUUCCACGCUGCGUUCUCAACGAAGAAGGUUCUACACAGAUCCAUAUUUUUGCCGAUGCCAGUCAGCAUGCCUUUGGAGCUGUUGCCUUCUUGCGAAUCGCAGAUAAUGAUGGAACCAUAACCCCUCGUUUCCUUUGCGCUAAGAAUCGAAUAGCCCCUAUCAAGAACAAAGAUCGUGAUGAGUUAACUGUGCCAAAAUUAGAGCUUACCGCUGCUUUACUUGCUGCAAGAUUGCUUUUGUAUCUACGUACGAAUUUACAGAUUAAAUUCGAUGAAGAGUUUUUGUGGACGGACUCCAGAAUCGCCUUAUUUUGGAUAUUGGGGAAAGAGAAGCGUUGGAAGCCAUAUGUUGAGAACAGAGUCCGAGAAAUUCGAACGCUAACUAAAAUUUCUUGUUGGCGGCACUGUCCAGGUUCUCAGAACCCUGCAGAUCUAUUGACCAGAGGAAUUAACGCUCUGUCUCUAAUCCAAUCAUCUGAAUGGCUUUCUGGACCAGAUUGGCUACGUAAGGAAGCAACUUUUUGGCCAACUGUAAAUGAAUACAAACUUGAUACACCGCAAGCGCUUUCUUUGUUUGUUGCGGGUGAAGAGGAGAAAGAGGAGUCUACAAAAAUUAAUAAUUCUGUUAUACCAUGCAAGAAAUUCAGUUCUUGGAAACGCCUUUUAAGAACUACGGCUUAUUGCUUCCGUGCGAUUGACUGCUUCAAGAAAAAACAACGCCAUGAUAAGUAUGCUUCAUAUGAAGAUGUCCCAUUCCUAACUGCAAGUGAGAUGGAUAGAGCUGAAAAUUAUUGGGUUAGCGAAGCACAGAGGCUGCAUUUCAAUUCUGAAAUUGAAUCACUAACGCAAAAUAAAGGUAUACCUUUGAACUCUAAAUUAUUAAUGUUUAGUCCUGUUCUAGAUCAAAAUAGUGGUCAUCUUCGUGUAGGAGGGAGAUUGCACUUUGUUUCCUCUGAAAUUCAAGCACACCCUGUAAUAUUGCCAAAAUCGUCACAUAUCUCGAAGCUGAUAGUUAAUGAUGCACACAAAAAAUUGUUCCAUGCUGGUGUAUCUUCAGUCCUUACGCAUUUACGGUCAUCUUACUGGAUUAUUAAGGGUCGACAACUUGUUAAAUCUGAGGUCAAGAGCUGCUCAAUUUGUAAGGUUCUUCGAGCUAUGCCUGCUACUCAACCAUUUGCACCACUACCUAGAGAUCGGAUCACAUUUUCGUCGCCGUUUGAUGUCACCGGACUGGAUUUUGCUGGACCUCUGUAUACGUAUGAUUCUGGACAAAAAAGUAAGGCUUACAUUAUGCUAUUUACUUGUGCAUCGAUAAGAGCGGUCCAUCUCGAACUGACAUCAGAUCUAACUACCGAAAGUUGUUUAUUGGGUAUCCGACGCUUUAUUGCUCGCAGAGGCGUACCGAGGGUUAUCUGGUCGGAUAAUGCAGCUACCUUCAAGAAAUCUUCCAAGGAGUUCUUUAAAUGGAGAUUCAUAGUUGAACGUGCCCCGUGGUGGGGUGGGUUCUGGGAAAGGCUGGUAGGUGUUGUGAAAUCCGCUUUAAGAGCAGCUAUAGGCAAGGCAACCUUGAACACCAACCAGCUAUACACAUUUCUUACCGAAGUGGAAAAUGUGGUCAACAACAGGCCGCUUACAUAUGUAGCAGACGAGCCUCUUGAUUUAUCGCCGCUCACACCUUCUCAGCUUCUACGUGGACCACAAGCAUCUCAACUAAAUGAAUCUUCUUCAACUGAAGAUGACAGAAGUCAAGGCCCAGAAGUGUUACGCAAACGGUGGAAGGAACGAUUACAAUAUAUAGCUAGCUUCAAGCGGAGGUGGUACAACGAAUACAUUCAACAACUGAUGUCGUUUCAUAAGUCAAAAUACCACAGAUCAAUCGACCUGGAAAUUGGAGAUGUAGUGCUUAUGGAGGACCGUUCAUUGCCAAAGACACUUUGGCACUUGGGCAUAAUUGUAAAUAUUUUUCCCGGUCGUGAUGGAAAGGUUCGUGCCUGUGAGGUGCGAAUUUCUGACGGAAGAACAUUUCGAAGGCCUAUUCAACUGCUUUACCCUCUAGAAAUAACAUAUCGUCGUAAAGAUGGUGGGCCGGAGGAUGUUGUAAAUUAAAGCUUUUAAUAACUUUAUAUUGCUAUCUCUUUUUAAUAAUAAUGAAUAAUUUCUUGUACAUAAUAUACUGAGUUAGUACACUUUUAACUUUGGUAGUAAAACAUCUUCAU